UGCCUGGUAGCAGCUGCGGUUGCCUGCACUGGUGCAUUGUGCAUGCUCAGGAUGGAGAACUGGCAGCCGCUGGGCACUGCAGCCUAGAACCCCCUGCCCCAGUUGCUUCUCCUGGCCCACACCCUCCGUUUGUGCUGGCUUUCAAAGGUCCAUUUUCUCCCUCCCUCCUCAUCUGGCAAAAGGAAGCAAAGGCAGAGCGCGCCCGCCUCUCCAUGCGAAGCCACAAGAGGAAGAAAGGGCACGAAGGUCUCUCUCCCGAGGAGCAGCGUGAGCCCAGCCGGGGCAGAUCCCAGCACACGCUGAGCCCGGCGGGAUUAUGAGGCAAACAUGAGCCUCCUGCAGCAGUGGGUGUUGGCAGCUUUCAUCUCCCUCGUGCCUCAGUCAGGUCGCGCUAAGGCGGAGACGCAGCCUGGUGCCUUGCAGGGGAGGUUUCCCAGCCCUAGAUGGGACACAAGGCCGGUCGCUUCAGAAAUCACCCACCCCAGCAGGUUAGUGGGGCAGAGCGCGGGAGGAGAAGUCCAGAAGCAUCAGCUGGACACGAGGGUCAGGAAUGCGCCUCGAGGAGGAGGCAGCCCUUUUGUGCACCUGGCCCAGGUGAGCUUCCUCAUUCAUGCCUUUGGCUCGGCCUUCACCUUGGACCUGGAGCUGAACCACCACCUGCUCUCCUCGCGCUACGCGGAGCGGCACUAUGGCCAGGAUGGGAACAGCAGCCACGGCCCGGGAGCGGGGGAGCACUGUUACUAUCAGGGCAAACUCCGAGGGGAGGCGAGGUCCUUGGCAGCUCUGUCCAGCUGCCGUGGUCUGCACGGUGUCUUCUCGGACGGGAGGGAAAUGUACCUGAUUGAGCCCCGCAGAGCAGCCGAGCGUUGGCAGGAGCCUCUGCCUCACCUGAUCCAGCGCAUGCCAGCUCCCCGCCCCGCUCAGGGGUGCACAGAGCCAGGCUGCCUGCUUGCAGCCCUGAGACACCAGGGCCCAGACACCCGGCCCAGACUGCGGAGGAGGCGGCAGGUGCGGCGAGCCCAGCCCUCCGUGCACAGCGAGACCAAGUACAUCGAGCUGGUGGUGGUCAACGACCAUCAGCUGUUCGAACAGAUGCGCCGGUCUGUGGUCCUCACCAGCAACUUCGCCAAGUCCGUGGUGAACCUGGCGGACAUGCUAUACAAGGAGCAGCUGAACACGCGCAUCGUGCUGGUGGCCAUGGAAACGUGGGCCUCCGAGGACAAGAUCCACGUGGGGGAGGAUUCGCUGCAGACGCUGAGCGAGUUCAUGAGAUACCGGACGGAGGCGCUGCCGGAGCAGAGCGAUGCUGUCCACCUCUUCUCCGGAAGGACGUUCCAGAGCAGCCGCAGCGGGAGUGCCUACGUGGGAGGGAUCUGCUCGCUCACCCGGGCCGGGGGAGUCAAUGAGUACGGGAACGUCGGCGCCAUGGCUGUGACUCUGGCUCAGACCCUCGGGCAGAACGUCGGCAUGAUGUGGAACAAGCAGCGGCGCGCCGCAGGGGACUGCCGGUGUCCAGAUUCCUGGCUGGGCUGCAUCAUGGAAGACACGGGGUAUUACCUGCCGCGCAAGUUCUCCCGCUGCAGCAUCGAGGAGUACAGUCAGUUCCUGCAGGAGGGCGGGGGCAGCUGCCUCUUUAACAAACCCUUAAAGCUGCUGGACCCCCCUGAGUGCGGCAAUGGCUUUGUGCAGGCCGGAGAGGAAUGCGACUGCGGCUCGCUUGCGGAGUGUGCAAAGGGCGGCGGCAACUGCUGCAAGAAAUGCACCCUGACGCAUGAUGCCAUGUGCAGCGACGGGCUCUGCUGCAAAGGCUGCAAGUACGAGCGGCGGGGCACGCCGUGUCGGGAAGCCGUCAAUGAGUGCGACAUCCCGGAGAGCUGCACGGGGGACUCCAGCCAGUGCCCGCCCAACCUGCACAAGCUGGAUGGCUACUUCUGCGACCACGAGCAGGGCCGGUGCUAUGGGGGCAGGUGCAAAACCAGGGACAGACAGUGCCAUGCACUCUGGGGGCGUGCCGCUGCCGACAGGUUCUGCUACGAGAAGUUGAAUGUGGAAGGGACCGAGAGAGGGAGCUGUGGGCGCCAGGGCCCAGCCUGGGUGCAGUGCAGCAAGCAAGACGUCCUGUGCGGCUACCUGCUGUGCACCAACAUCACGGGCGUGCCGCGGCUGGGCGAGCUCAGCGGGGAGAUCACCACGAUGACCUUCUACCACCAGAACAGAUACGUCGACUGCAGAGGUGGGCACGUCGAGCUGGUGGACGGCUCGGAUCUGAGCUACGUGGAGGACGGCACCCCCUGCGGCCCCGGCAUGCUGUGUCUUGACCACAAAUGCCUUCCCGCAGCAGCCUUCAAUUUCAGCGCCUGCCCUAGCAGCUGGGACGGGAUGAUCUGCUUUGACCACGGGGUCUGCAGCAACGAGGGCAAGUGCAUCUGCCACGCUGACUGGACGGGGAAGGACUGCAGCGUCUACGACCGCAUCCCGGAGCCCAAGCCCACCGGCGAAACCGAGCGCUACAAGGGUCCCAGCGGCACCAACAUCAUCAUCGGCUCCAUUGCUGGCGCCGUGCUGGUGGCGGCCAUUGUCCUGGGGGGAACUGGCUGGGGAUUUAAGAACAUCCGGAGAGGAAGGUACGACCCGGCUCAGCCGGGGCUGGGAUAGCCCCCACCACUCAUCUGUCACCCAUCACCAUCCCAUCCCCUCCCCUCGCUCUCCCCCGGCUGCUGGGACGCUACCGUCGCCUCCUGCUGGUUGCUGCGCCUGCCUGCCUGGAACCUGCUGCACGGGCCAUGACCAUCGCUCCUACGCCUCCAUGGGGCUGUGUCCCCCUGCCUGGGCGCAGGCCUGGGGGCUCCGUGGGGCCAGCGGGAGGGUGAUGGCAGGAGAGCCCCUCCGUUGCCAGUGUGUCCUGGGCGCUCGGUCCGGGCCAGGCCGGAGAGGCAGGGAGCGCAGGAGCAGGCAGCAGAGGUUGGGCCGUCCAGCCCGGCCCCUUGCUGCCAGCAGCACCUGACCCCUGUGCAGGGAGGGCUCCUGCUGGGGCAGCCUGCCAGGGGCCAGGCCCAGCUGGCCCCCGCACUAGCAGCGGCUCCAGCGCUCAGCCGGCUCCCUGCCCCAA